CGGCAAGGGGCAACUGUACAACCUUAUGGAGGAGACACGCGAAAAUGUGAUGCUAGUGCUACUCGUAGCGAUGAUUUUGGUGAAGCUAAGUUCCUUUCCUGCAGUCUCGGCAUUAGAAUUGCCAACCUUUAGAGAACCAGUAACGAAUCUCACAGUAGCUGUAGGAAGAGAAGCCGUAUUAGACUGCGCAGUAGACAAUUUGAGUCCCUAUAAGGUAGCCUGGUUGAAAGUGGAUACGCAAACGAUAUUAACAAUACAUAGCCACGUCAUCACGAAGAAUAACCGCAUAGGAGUAUCUCACAGCGAGCAAAACAUCUGGCAUCUUCACAUCAAGGAAGUGAGGGAAUCCGAUCAAGGCUGGUACAUGUGCCAGAUCAACACGGACCCCAUGAAGAGCCAGGUGGGGUAUCUCACUGUUGUUGUUCCCCCCGAUAUUCUAGACUAUCCAACAAGUGCGGAUAUGGUAGUCGACGAAGGUUCCAACGUUAGUCUACAAUGCAUCGCGAAAGGAUCUCCAGAACCUGCAAUAACUUGGAAAAGAGAAGAUGGAGAGAUGAUUCGGUUUCAGAAUGGCACUGAAGUGAAUAGUAUUACCGGGCAGAUAUUGAAUAUAACGAACGUGAAGAGAGACCACAUGGGACCAUACCUAUGCAUAGCUACCAAUGGCAUCCCACCAUCAGUGAGCAAGAGGAUAAAACUGGUCGUACAAUUUUCGCCUUCGGUAUGGAUUCAAUAUCAGUUGAUAGGUGCCUAUGACGACCAACAAGUAACUUUAGAGUGUUACUCUCAGGCUUUUCCAAAAUCAAUCAACUACUGGACCAAGGACACUGGAGAAAUAAUACCCCAUAGUGCGAAGUAUGUUCCAGAAAUAAUAGAAGAUGGAUAUAAAGUACAUAUGAAACUCAGAAUAAGUUCCUUAGGACCAAAAGAUUAUGGAGUCUACAAAUGUAUAUCGAAAAAUUCCUUAGGGGAUAUGGAGGGAACAAUAAAUGUCUACAGAAUUCCAGACCCCAACAAGUAUUUAACAAGCAAUAAGAAGCAACAAGCUCAUGAUGACAAUAUAUCUGGUAUCACUCGUACGAGUCAGAUUGUUCGAGACGAAUUGAAUAUAAAAAGGACCCGUAAUGAUACUUCUAGGAGAAUUAGUCUGAUGGAAGCAGAUCACGUCGACCUACAAAGUUAUUCCAGUUCAGCUCAUAAUUUCUGUAACAUCAUCAACUUAGUACAUCUAACCCCACUCUUCAUCAUACUUCAUCUUGUGAAUACUUUCAACUGUCAUCUACAUAUCAGUAUACACAUAUCCUAAAAUCAUCAAUCGACUGUUUCAUAUAUCAUAUCAUAGGAUCGUGGCUAUUUUUGUACGCUUGCAUUUAGUAUAGGUGUAAAGAAGGAUCUCGACGGCAUUAUUCGUUAAGACAAUAUCACUAUUGUACAGAUUAAGAUUUGGAAAUAAAAUAACGUCAACCCCACUGUGUCUCAUUUGAUCAUUACCUACUUGAAACCCCUAGACAAAUAAAUACGCUUGCAUUUAGUAUAGGUGUAA